AUGGUUUUUCUUCGCACUUGGGCCGUCUUUCUUUCUGGUCUAUCACUGUUGGCGAUUUCCGCCUUCGCUGGCGAUGUUCGUACCACCACUCUUAGGAUUGCGAACAAAAAUAUUUCUGUGGAUGGAUUCCCCCGCUCAGCCGUCCUCGCCAAUGGCAAAUUUCCUGGCACAGCCAUCUCGAUCAAUAAGGGCGAUCGUAUGGUGGUUAAUGUGAUCAACGAGUUAACGGACCCCACCAUGUUCCGGAGCACCUCCAUUCAUUGGCAUGGACUGUUUAUGAAGGGUUCUUCUUAUGAUGAUGGGGCCGCCUUUGUUACUCAAUGUCCAAUUAUCCCGAAUAAUUCAUUCACAUAUGAUUUCAUUCCAACGUACUGUUUGAUUCCUCAGGUUCUUCAUCCAACUGACCACUUCGCAGGCAGGCACUUUUUGGUACCACUCCCAUCUCUCUAUGCAACAAUGCGAUGGCCUACGUGCACCGCUGAUCAGUUCGUGUCUUCUUCUAUGAUCCUAAUGAUCCAUACUGGGUAUUUCUUCUUUCAGUAUAGUGAUUCCAGUAUUGACUCUUGUCUUUUAUUAGCGGGAAUACGUGAGCCGUUGUCUAUGAUGCUCGAGUUUGAUUUGGAAAGACUCUCAACCAACAGGAUGUCGAUGAUUGUUGUCACAACCAUCAUCGCUCUGGCCGACUGGUUCCACCAGCCCACGCGUGGCACUGCAUUCCCACUAUAUACGACCAACCUGAUCAAUGGCAAAGGCCGUUUCACUGGCGGUCCUGCCGCUGAACUUGCCGUCAUUAAUGUACAAAAGGGCCUACGUUACCGAUUCCGCUUGAUCUCCAUGUCGUGUGGACCCAAUUUUGUUUUCAGCAUCGACGAACACUCCAUGACAAUCAUUGAGGCUGACGGUGUUUUAACGCAGCCGCUCAUUGUCGACUCCAUCCAAAUUUACACCGGUCAACGCUACUCUUUCAUCCUAGAUGCCAACCAACCAGAAGUCAACUACUGGGUCCGCUCACUCCCCAACAUUGGCGACACGACUUUCGACAACGGCGUCAAUUCUGCCGUAUUGCAUUACUCCCGCGCCGAUAGCAGUGAACCAAAGACCAAGCAAACACCCAGCAUUCGUCCACUAAACGAGGCUGAUCUUCGACCACUAGUGCCAACAGUAGUUCCCGGAAGGCCCUUCGUCGGCGGUGCGGACGUCAAUAUCAAUCUGAACAUCGGCCUUGACUUCAACACGCUGAGAUUCUCGCUCAACGGCGUUUCAUUCACGCCCCCAACAGCUCCUGCAUUGUUGCAAAUCCUCAGCGGAGCUCAUCUGGCAUCUGACCUUUUGCCAGCCGGUAGCUACUUUGCCCUCCCGCCCAACAAGGUCAUCGAGGUUAGCAUUCCGGGAGGCGCUGACCCCGCAGGUCCCCAUCCGUUCCAUCUUCAUGGCCACAACUUCUUUGUUGUCCGAAGCACGAACAUGAGCGAUUACAACUUUAUCGAUCCCAUAGUGCGAGACGUCGUCAAUACUGGCUUCCCCGGAGAUAACGUCACCUUCCGGUUCGUUACCGAUAAUGCAGGCCCGUGGUUUUUGCAUUGCCACAUUGACCUCCAUAUGGACAUCGGUCUUGCUGUCGUCUUCGCGGAGGACAUCCCCACCAUUUCCAAGCAAGAUACUCCUGCGGCGUGGAAGAACCUUUGCCCGGCUUACAAUGCUUUGAAUCCCAGCCAACUCUGA